GCGCCUCCUCACUCGCACAACGGGCUCCUCGGGUGCUGCAAGCGCCGCGCCUCGCUUUCCGCGCGCGCCCAGCAGCCGCUUCUUGCGCGGCCGGGACGGCGGCUGCGCGCCCCGGCGCCCCUCGGCUCCCUCAGCGCGGAGAGGAGAAGCAGGGCAAGGUGGCGAGGAUGCUCCCCGCCGCCCAGCAGUUGCUCCGGGGCUGCAGGAGAAGGUGGCGAGCGCCUCAGCCCCUGGUGCUCCUCGCCGCUCCUCUGAGAAGGGAGAGCGGCGGCUUUCUCCCAGCGGACCGGCUGCAGAACCAUCUGCGUGCAAACUCAGGAGGAGGAGGAGGAGGAGGUACCCAGGCCGACUCCAAAGAGAGGGAAUAUAUGCUUUGCCUGAGACAAACUGGAAAUCUAAGACAUCACAGAAGAGCACUUUAUAGCACACUAGUGCCAUCUGAUGAAGUAACUGUACAUUAUAAACAUGGAUUGCCUGCGAUAACUCUGACAUUACCCUCGAGAAAGGAACGCUGCCAGUUUACAGUCAAGCCGAUGCUGAUGACUGUGGGAGCCUUCUUGCAGGACAUACAAAGAGAGGAUAAUGCCAUUGAAAAGGUAGAAGUCUUCACAGCAGAUGGCAGCAUGAUUUCUUCUUCAACAUUGAUGGAGGUUCUUUUGAUGAAUGAUUUUAAACUUGUCAUCAAUGGUGCAGAAUACAGUGUUCAUCCUCCACUGAAAGAUCAAAUGAGCACAGAACAUAAACUGGAGAUGGAUGACAUCAAGUCUAUGGUCCACAAGUUGUUUACAGCACUUCAUUUAGAAGACCACCAGACAAGGAGGGAGAGGGAAUUAAUGCAGAAAAUGGAACUUCUGAAGGAAGAACUGCUGCCUCUGGAGCAGCUUAAAGCUGGAAUUACUACAGAUGUCGAUGCUAAGACUUCUCGGCUUCUAUGGAUUGGCUUAGCCUUAAUGUCAACUCAAGGUGGAGCCUUGGCAUGGCUUACCUGGUGGGUCUAUUCAUGGGAUAUCAUGGAGCCUGUUACUUACUUUAUCACCUAUGGAACUGCCAUGGCAUUCUAUGCUUACUUUGUGCUUACUAAACAGGAUUAUAUUUACCCAGAUGCUCGGGACAGGCAAUUUCUCCACUACUUUCACCAGAAAUCCAAAAGCCAGAACUUUGAUGUGGAUCAGUAUAACAAAUUAAAAGAUGAUCUUGCAGAGGUGGAAGAAUCCUUGAGGCGGCUGAAGAAUCCCUUACAAUUGCGUCUUCCUAUCGAAGAAAUAAAUGACAAACAUUAAUUUUUUUCAUAAUAAUUAGCCUUGUUGAAUUGCCUCAUAAGAUUUGAAACUGGAGUAUUCUGGACUAACGUAGUCCUUCUGUUUUUGAAGGGGUUUGGGGGUGAAGAAAUCUACAAGGAACAGCUAAAACUGUUUCUGAUAACCAAGAUUUCUUUUUCAUGUUUUACAAAGAAAUUCAGACUCCCCAUGUAUAUAGUUUGUUUCUUAAUACUGUUCACAAUAAAAAGAAACAUGUAGCAGCUACUGUUGAAUUAAUAAUGCAUACUUGAUUGAAAGAAGAGACAAAAAUGAUUUUUACAAUUUUUAUUUUAAUCUGGAACCCCUCUAUUUGAAUGUAACUUUAUAAUAAGGUAAAUAAAAAAUGCAUUGCUGUUUUGGGCUUA